AUGCUGAUUAGUGUCAAUGCUCACAAUGCCUGCUACAAUACAGCCAAGAAGCAGUUGCGUGAAAAGUUCAAUUUCAAACACUGGACUCACAUCGACGAACGUGAGAAGCUUGAUUUUUGUGGAUGUUCGUUUGUGAAAACCUCCUAUGGCUAUCAACUUGGACAGCCUGACUACUUUAGCAAGAUCAAGCCCAUCAUGAUCGACCCGAAGCGUCGAGACUCUGCAAUGGCCGCACAGAAUGAGGUUAGUGCACUACGUGCGGUGCUUGGAGCACUUCACUGGCCCAGCACUCAAAAUGCACCUCAACUAGGUGCAACAGUUGCUACAACUGAAGAUUUGCGUGAUGCAAACAAAGCUCUGAAAUUUUCCAAAGUGAACAACGAUGUUGGACUCCAAUUUCGCCCACUUGGUCAGAUUUCAGAUAUGGUUUUGGUUGCAAUGAGCGAUGUCUCUUGGGGAAUUCGACGUGAAGGCCACAGCCAAGGUGGUUACCUUCUCAUGCUUGCUCCAAAAGAAAUCCUGGAUGGUGAAACCACCAACUACAUCAUUUUGGAUUGGAGAAGUUUUCGUUUGCCCAGGGUGUCCCGAAGCUCUUUGAACGCUGAAUCUCAAGCAUGCGCAGCUGCAAUGGAUAGUUUGGAAUAUACCCGAACACUGAUCCAAGGAAGUCUCAACGCUGACUACACUCUGCAGUCUCCUGGUGAAUGGGUGAUCAGCAAAACAGCUUUAGUGGUUGAUGCAAAAGCUUUGUACGAUUCAAUUCGUGCAGAAGUUCCUCAGCUUUCAGGUGACAAACGAACCAAGAUUGAGGUGAUGAUUGUGAAAGAAAAGAUGCAAGAGUGCCAAACACUUUUGCGAUGGGUUUCAAGUGAAGCACAGUAUGCUGAUGGCAUGACCAAACCCUCAGCACGUCAGUUGCUCACUGACCGCCUUCGAACGCACAUGUUCAAAUUGCAAGCAGAUGAAAAUUUUGUUGCAGCAAAGAAGAAAACUCAACAACAAAGAGAAGCAAAUGCCCGCAAGUUUGCCCUCUCAAAAGCCGCUAGCAAGGUAGGUGGUUUAGCCCAUUUGAUCUUCAUCUCCCACAUCAUGCCUGUUACAGGUUCCUUCGUUUCCGAUGAUGCCUCAUGGUCCGACGAUGCAAUGCCCCUCAUAGUGACUAUGGUGAUGUCUUUCCUCACUGGAUGCUUUUGUGUUUGGAUGCUGCUGGGAUUUCCGAAAGUUUUCCAACAUGCAGAACCAAAGCGCCUGGCCUUUCGCCUUCCCAAGCGCGACAAGAGUGUGCAAUGUGAAAUGGAGUAUGAGGCGAUGUCAUACAUAUCCUACCAGCUCCACAUCGAGAAGGAGGACAAGGCAAGAUUGGAAGAUAGCUUCGAAAGAGAAAUCGAAACUCUGGAAAGCUAUGCGCAGGAUCCAGUGAUUGAACUGGAACGCCAGAUCUACCAGGUUCAAGAUACACUGGAUCGAGCAAAUCAAACCAAUGCCAACAUGCGCGAGUUCCGCGACCACGAGCUGGAAUUCAGAAGAGAGGUCUUUGCUCUCCACAAGGCGAACCACUUUCAUGUUUUCGAUGACUGCCCAAUUCUCGCGCCUCCUGUGACUAUGUACGUCUGCAAGGAAUGCGAAGAACGCCGUGAGAAGGAGAACGCCGAGAUGGAUCAAUAUCAGCACGGUUGGUGCUGA